CCGAAUACAAAGUAUAACAUUGGCGUCCUCGGCGCUUGUUUCUUCCCUGGGUGCGAGAUCCGUUGCGUUUUUGGUUGUUGUUUGCUUUUGGUUUGACGUACCGCUGUAGUCUUUCGCGUCUGCGUCAUAGCAAUGUGUAAUCGCAAUUCGGUUGUUUCCGGCUGCGUGACUUGUCGCGUGUGAGCCUCUCGUUCUAGUAGGCCCUUUUCCUUGGGCACGCCCAUUGCCCGUCCCUCUUCUCCCUCGCCUACCGAAUCUCCUGGGAUUGGCCCGUCCGGGUCGUCACGGGGGCUUUACCCAUCUUGCCGGUUGCAGUACGACUCUUCGCCACGUGCGUCGUCUCCACGCGGUCACCCCGCUGGUGCACAGCUCGGUGUUGUCGCCGCAGCCCGUCCUGCUGCCAUGCGCCGUGCCCGCGAGGAGAUUGAUACCGCCCGCUCCAUACGAGGACGUGAAGUCGACACCGAGAGUUUCCGCCUCUUGGUGACGGAACCGUCGGAACCUUACGGUGGUGGGGACGGGCGGAAACCGUCACUACCGCCGUCUGACACGUCUGGUUACGCGUUACUGGCUACAUGGGAGCGUGGUCCGACCUUCCUGUCGGCGGAGAUGAAAGGGGCGCAUGUUUACGUGCGGUCGAAGGAGGAGGGCUGGCAGCUGGGGGUGGUGCAUCAGGUUUCGAGGGCGCGGGAGGAGGACCUCCCGUGCAACGUCCAUUUCGUCGACCUCGAGCGGCGUUUCAACGUGUCGCCGUCGCCGGCGAAAUAUUGUACGGCGAUGGAUGGUCCGCCUGGCCCAUGGUGCUUUCUGGUGCACAUGCGGUCCGGGAGCGUCCGACGGAACGGGAUGCGCUGUGGUGCGCUGUGAAGGAG